AUGAGAUAUCUCUCGUUGCUUGUCCUGCUUUCGCUGGUUCUCUGCGCAUCAGCGACAAUCUUGGAGAAUGGUCAGCCUCGACUAAACCCGUAUCCUGGCCAAGCGGACAUUAUCUCCUUAGACAAGAAUGCAUGGAAGACGUAUAAGCCCAAUGCAAAGGAGAUUUCCUACAAAGGACGAUGGGAUAGCAAGCACAUUUCUUCUUGCAUUGAGCUUCGGUCAAUACACGAGCCAAGGCGUUCUCGUGGCAUACAGGACUGGCAAUUCUCCAACGUCACUGCCAAUGCCACAUAUCAAUUUGUCGGAUCUGCGACGACUGGCUUGAAUUUAACCAGCUCGUCUGAUGCAAAGACGUUUGAACUCAGAGAUGCACGUAUCUCAAAGGUGCCUGAGCACUCGAAAAUGAUCGAGAUUAUUGGAGAUUCGUUGAGCUCCGGCGACUUCGCGACAUACGAGGGACUCUCAUCCUGGGCAUAUGACUUCGCAGCUGGCCUUGGCAAUGUCGAGUACUCAAUUACUGCCUACCCUGGUAUCUGCCUGCACGAUCAGAACUGCUGGGGCAACCCUCGCGGUCAGUCCUACCAAUGGUACCGCACUUCCGAUACCUCGGGGCGCGCACACGAGAUCUACGGGGAACACCCGCCAAAAUGGAACUUUGCAGCUCAGCGUCCGGCAGAUCUGGUAGUCAUCAACAUCGGCACUAACGACAACAACCCAGCCAACAACGUCUCCAGCACGGACUACUAUAACGACUACGUGAAACUCGUCGGCAAUAUUCACGAAAUCUGGCCCAAGGCAGAUGUUGUUCUGAUGUCUCUGUGGGGUGGUUUCGGGGCAUCCGGGGACACUUAUGUCCAGGGCCCGUUGUUCGUCGACGAAAUCAAGCGCGUGUACGAGCAUUACAAGAAGCAAGGCUUCAUCCACUACUUCGACACUACGGGUAUCCUGCAACACAAUGAUAUCGCGCCGCUGUGGCAUCCGACAGAUGUCGGACAUCUCAAGGUUGCCGCCCACUUGAUGCAAUGGGUCAAGUUGAAGUUUGGCUGGGAAUUUGCAGCUACUGGACCAGAGGUGCACCCCGGGACGUUGUACUGGAAUGAUCAGCAGGGCUAUUAG